CGCUGUUGUUGCCUAUUUUCUAUUCCAGCUCGCACCGCCGUUGUCAAACUCUCUGAGUCGCCGAGUGGGCGGGACGCUGCCGCGCUACUACUUGGUCGAGCCAAGCUGCACGCGAGAUCGAGGCUCAUCGACCCUCCUCAACAAGCCGAUCGGAGUUCCUUGACCAACGGCGCGCGCGCUAUUGCCCACGACCGCUUGUAAAGAUAGGCAACAUCUUGUCUGACUUGUCGAGGAUAGGCAACAUCCCGUCGACUACUCGAGUAUAGGCAACAUCUUGUCGACUGCUUAGGAUAGGCAACAUCGCGACGAGCAGUCGAGGAUAGGCAACACCGUGUUCGUUGACUGCUCGAGGAAUAGGCAACUUCUCGUCGACCACUCGAGCUCGGCGAGGUCGAAGACUCUGGACAUUGGACGAACUCUCGCCAGUGAGCACUACCGGCUGCUGUUCGACUCGCUGCCGCCUCCUCCUCCCUCUCGAUAGCCGCCCUCGACACCCCUCUGGAGCAGUAUAAAAGCUGUCGUCGCCCGCCAUGUCGUCGCUCACCACCACGCUGCGAACUGCAACCCGCCUCGCCCACCUUCCCCGCCUUACCCUCCGCCAAACUCCAUCCCGUCGCACAAUGUACACCCCUCGCCAGCUGACCGUCAACGGCGAGCGCAUGAUGGAGAGCCUGCACGACACGUGCAAAUGGGGCACCGGCACACGCUGGGGGCCCGGGCCCAACGACACGGGCAUGUGCCGCCUGACCCUCACCGACUCGGACAAGUCCGUCCGCGACUGGUUCAAGGCCGAGAUGGAGGGCCUCGGAUGCAAGGUCUCGAUCGACGCCAUGGGCAACAUGUUUGCCGUGCGUCCUGGCCAGUCGGCUGGCGCGCCGACGGCCAUGGGCAGCCACUUGGACACGCAGCCUACUGGCGGGCGGUACGACGGCAUUCUCGGCGUGCACGCUGCUGUUGAGGCCAUGCGCGUUGUCGUCGAGAACGGCGUGCAGACCAAGUAUCCCCUGGCUGUUAUCAACUGGACCAACGAGGAAGGCGCGCGCUUCCCCAAGUCGCUGCACGGCUCGUCCGUCUGGGCCGGCACUCUCCCCCUCGACAAGGCCCUCGCCCUCACCGACGUCGCCGACCCAACCUUGAUUGCCGGGGAGGAGCUCGCACGGAUCGGGUACGCCGGCGAGAUGGAGUGCAGCGCCAAGGCCAACCCGCUCGCGGCGCACUUUGAGCUCCACAUUGAGCAAGGCCCCGUCCUCCCCGAGAACAAGCAGCGCAUCGGCGUCGUGGCCGGCGGCCAGGGCUACAAGUGGUACACUAUCACCAUCCGCGGGCGCGACUCGCACGCGGGCACCACGCCGUUCGCGUACCGCGCCGACCCGAUGCUGCUCGCCGCGUUCUUCCUGACCCGCGCGCACGAGAUCGCGCGCACCCACUCGGGCCUGGUGACGACGGGCAUCUUCCACGCGCACCCAGGGAGCAUCAACACGAUCCCGAACAACGUGUCGUUCUCGCUCGACUUCCGGCACGUGUCGGACGCGGGCGUGGCCGCGAUCGACAAGGACAUCAAGGCCAUGGCGAAGGAGCUCGAGACGCAGGGCGACAAGUACAAGUGCGCGAUCGAGUUCGAGCCGCUCUUCGACGCGCCGGCCGUCCAGUUCCACCCCGCGUGCCGCGACGCCAUCCGUACCGCCGCCGAGGGCAGCCUUGCCGCCGCGGAAGUGCGCGACAUCAUCUCGGGCGCUGGGCACGACUCGUGCGCGACCAACCUCCACUGUCCCACCGGCAUGAUCUUCAUCCCGUGCAAGGACGGCCUGAGCCACAACCCCGAGGAGUACUCUACGCCCGAGGACUGCGUGCUCGGCGCGCAGGUGCUGCUUGACGCCGCGCUGCUCUUCGACCAGGGCCGCAAGGCGUAG